UACGUACGCGCGUACGAUUUAUCGUGACACUCGACAGCUUGUUUCUUAAUCAUCUUUCUUGAGAGUUGAGGUGACAGUAUGACAUCAUUAUGACGAGAAGAAUCUGCAAUUUCAAACAACGGCAUAAACUAUAACCUCUUGCACUACUCGCCACUCAAAAUGGAGUCAAGUGAAAGGCCUUCAUCAUCAAGGGGAGGCAUCCCGUUUCCAACUAGUAGAAAAGCUACAUUCAGUGGAUAUGGUGAAGAGACGCGCCCAGUUACCAAUCACAAGAAGAAACGAAAAAAGCGUCCUAUAUCCAUCAAUGUCACCGGCACAAAAUAUGAAGUCGUGCGGAAAGUUGCAGAGAAGUAUGGGGUGUUGACAAACAGAGAAGAUGAUCCCAACUGCUUCUUGUUCUGGAACGAUACAGCAAUUCCACCUGAAAGAAUAGGAGAAUUGAAGUCAUAUCAGAGAAUUAAUCAUUUUGCUGGAAUGGGGGAAAUAUGUCGGAAAGACUGUCUUGCCAGAAACAUGACCAAGAUGGUCAAGAAGCAUCCUGAAGAAUUCAGUUUCGUUCCCCGAACCUGGAUCUUUCCUGCAGAGUACUCAAGUUUUCAGAACUAUGUUCAUGAUCUCAGGAGAAGAAAGAAGACAAGGACUUUCAUUGUUAAACCUGCGAACGGUUCCAUGGGCCAGGGCAUCACGUUAUACAGGAAUGGUGAACGCAUACCAGCUCAAGAUCACAUGAUAGUACAGGAAUACGUAGACAAACCUUUCCUCCUUGAAGGAUUCAAGUUUGACCUUCGCGUCUACGUCCUGGUGACGUCGUGCGAUCCUUUGAGAAUAUUCCUCUACCCGGAUGGUUUGGUCCGUAUGGGAACGGAGCAAUACAUGCAACCUACUGAUAACAAUGUGGAUCAACUGUACAUGCAUCUCACCAACUACUCAAUCAACAAGAAGAAUGCCAACUUUCAGCGUAGUUCUGACGUGAGCACGGGAAGCAAGCGCUCCAUCUCCUACCUGACUGACUACCUGAGACGCAAAGACUACGACGUCAAUACUAUGUGGAAGAACAUUGCGGAUGUGUUGGUGAAGACCAUCAUCGUGGCUGAACCCCAUGUACUUCAUGCAUAUCGGAACUGUCGACCUGGAGGAAAUACCACCAAUGACAGUGUGUGUUUUGAAAUCCUAGGCUUUGAUGUUCUACUGGAUAGGAAACUCAACCCUUGGGUGCUCGAGGUCAACCGAGCACCAAGCUUUGGAACAGAUGAACAGAUUGAUCUGGACAUCAAGAGUGGUCUGUUGACGGAUUCAUUCCGUCUCAUCAAUAUGAGAACCUCGGAUAAAAGAAAGGGUAUGGCAGCUCAGAAAGCUGAAUCACAGAAGAGAUUACUCAGACCAACUAAACGACUCUCAACAGAACAUAACGAGUUGGAAAAGAGGAGACUAGACAUAGAGCAGCGAAAGGCCGAGAUUAGGGUCAAGUUGACGCAGGUUCGACGAGAGAAUGCACGGGAGGAUUACGAAAAUCGUAACAUGGGACGAUUCCGUCGUAUCUACCCACCCCAUGAUAGAAUGCUAAAAGAGAAGUAUGAUAGAUUGAUAGACGAUGCCUUUGAGAUCUUUCUAUCUGGUAGAGCUGCUACUAUACAAAGGGAUGCGUAUCAAUUACUAUCUGGUCAAGUACAGGAAGAUGAGUUACUGGACAUGUUACAGCAGUGUGAUUUAUCAGAUGGUGAGAGGGAGGGCAGUGCAAAGGUGUUCAGGGGACCAAAGCCUCUGUCAUCCAUGCCAACGGUGGUCAAUCAUGUUGAGGAGGAGGACGACGAUGAUGAGGAUGAUGAUGACGAAUCCGAGAUCUCACCAUCUAGUACUCCAUCCUCCUCCACUAACACCAUCGAUGCAACAGCUCCGGAGGACCGUGUCAGACCUCAUGCGCCUCCACCUAGGACGUCCCGCCCCCCUACACGCCCCUCUCCUCACCCCUCGCCAAGCCCAAUCAGUCCAGGGGUUGGUAGUAGGGCCAGACCACAAUCUGCUCAAAGGCCAGGAUCGGCAAGACCACUGUCAGCAUCCAACAACAUCCGUAGUCUGUCAUCCUCACAGAGGUCUAGAUCGUUAACUCGUCCUAGGUCUUCAACCAAUAGAAUAACAACAGGGUCAAUGGACGAUCUGUCGGCUGCCAUCAGGGAUAAACAGGAUGAGAUUAUCAAGAAGAUGAUAGCCUCCUUGAAGGAAAUGAAAAUUAAAUUCCCAGGAAAAACAGAUGAUGAAGCCACAAUGAUACUGGAUAAGAUACAUGACAACUGGAAGUAUCACAAACCAAGGAUAGCAUCAUAUUGGCUUGUCAAACUAGAUUCUAUCAAGCGCCGUAAGGUGAUUGACAUCGUUCGUUCCAAUGUGAAGGCUCUCAUCCAACGUAUAUGGCGUUGUUCAGAGAUAGAGAACAUCCGUCUCUAUCGUAUCUUAAGCAAGGUGUUUAAUAGGCUCCUAUGGAGUCAUGGACAAGGAUUGUGGAAUUGCUUCUCAUCUUCAGGGAGCUCUUGGGAGACGAUCUUCAGCAAGAGUACGGAGGCAAUAACAGGAUUGGAGAUGAUCUGCUGUAGAAGGGUUGUUGAGUUAUGUCAGGAUUGUCUGCUUAUCGUUUAUCAGUUUGCUGCCGACACCAAGACUAAUAAUAACAACAGUGGAGGGUACUCCGAUUCCAGAACUCAUCAUAGAACUCAGUCCUCAUUGGGACCACCUACGAAGAUUGGAUCCUGGAACAGUGCUAGUCCUACAGCUAUGGUACCAAUAAGUCAACGUAUGUCCCGUCUCUAUCCUACAAACUCGCUAGAGAAACUCUAGAAUCAUGAAUUGUGUGAGAGUGCAUGUCCUACAGCUGUAGGACCGGUCAUUGAGCAUAUGUCGUGACUCUAUCCUUCAAAUUCACCAGAGUAUUCUCUAGGAGCAACAAAGGUUGACAGUUCUAGUCAUAUCGUAUGAAGGUGUCAGCGUAAGUGUCUAUCCAACAAACUUGCUACAGAAACUCCAUAACCAUGUGUUGUGUGAGUGCUAGUCCUAGAGCUGUUGGACAUUUCAUUGAACAUAUGUCAAGACUCUAUCCUUCAAAUUCACAAGAGUAUCUCUAUGACCAUUGAUGGAUGAGGGUUCUAGUCCUGCAGCUAUUGUAUGAAAUUUUCAGUAUGAGUAACAUCUCUGUCCUACAAAACUUGCUACAAAAACUGUAACCAUUUGAUGUGUGAUCGCUAGUUCUAGAGCCGAGCUAUGUUACCAAUGAAUUAAGGUAUCAUGUGGUCUCUAUCCUACAAACUCACAAGAGAAACUCUAGAACCACUGGUCAUAUGAGAGUGCUUGUCCUCUAGCUGUGGGUACCAAUCAGUCGGGGUAAAACUUGUUUCCAACAAACUCCGCAGAGAAAUUGUAUGACCAUGGAUCGUAUUUGCAUAAGAGUGCUAGUCCUAUGGUACUGAGCAGUUAUGGUAUGGCUCGUCUAUAUCCUAUAGAUUCGCGAGA